AUGACCAGCUAUCUUUGCGAAUUGCCAACGACGGGAGCUGUCUCUUACGCGGACGUUUGUGUCGAUUCUACUGCGACUCACACCGCAGAUAUAGCAGACACAACUGAAGCGCGCGCAAACUUGCGCGCUACCCUCAAGGAGAGCAAACGUACUGAUCAAGGCGAGAAGGACUAUCUUAAACUCGUUAAAGUUCUCGAUGAUUACAUUCCCAAACUAUAUGGUCUAUUAGGAUGCAUCAGCAGCGCUGAGAUGUCGCUGAAGUCCGAGCCAAUCUUCAGCUGGCGAACCACGCUCUCCUCUAACGUAUUCCACAAUUCGCCCAGGAUCAGCAUCCCCACAUUCUCCACGGAGCAGAUAUUCUCCUCGCUCACGUACGCGUUCUCGAUCUCGAACCUCGCGCGGGCAGUCGUGCAUGCUCUGGGGCGAUACGAGACGGAACGCGCCAUAUCUGAUACGGACCGAAAGGCCAAAGACGAGAAGCUUGCAUUCGCAGUCACAUUGCUCUGCAAAGCUGCGGGGAUUUACGAGUAUAUCGGCAAGGAGAGCCUGGCCGAAUGGGAGAAGGAGCGCGCGCGAGUCGUGUCGCUGGGCAUGACCUGCCCAAGACCUCCGGAUCUCAGCAGAGAAGUCGUCAUUGGGCUGAGCAAAAUGGCGCUUGCCGACGCACAGAAUCUUGCCAUCCGCAAGCUGCUCUCCAAGGCUGCCUUCGAGAGCACGCUGACCCCUGGACCCCCACUCCCGAAGUCGCACCCCUCCCCAGCACUCGUCGCGAAACUCCAUCUAGAGUGCGUAUCCCUGUAUUCGUCAGCGCGGUCUCUGGUCAAGACCCCGGGCGCCAACAGCGGUGGACAGGAGGAGACGGGUGAAGAAGUCUCGCCAGAGUUGCGCCGCUACCUCGCGGACGAGGUCGCGCUGCACAGCGCCCUGGCGCACAAGUGGCUCGGGGUCGAUGCCGGCGAGCAUGGAGGCACGAGCAAGGGCGGUGUCGCCGUUGGCUUUCUGGCGUGGGCCAAGAAGGAGCUCGAGGAGCUCCGCAGCGGGCACACCACUGGCGGGAUGAUGGACAGCGAUCGCGAGAAGGAGGUACGCGAGCGCCGGAAGGCGAGGGUGCAGGAGGAGCUCGAGAGCACGAGUACAUUCCUGGUAGGUUACAAGAGGAUGAACGACACGCUUUUGUUCCAGCCUAUCCCGCCGCAGUCCGAGCUGCAGGCUAUGAUCCCUGCGGGACUGAUGGCAGUUUCGGUGAAGCCCUACGCUAAACCAACGCCUGCUUUCGGACCGGGUUCCGUGGAGUACGUGCGGCGACAGACCGAGGAACUCGAGCUGCUGGGCUCUGAGCACGCCACCGACGCCUCCCCGUCUCCAGGGGCUGCACAGGAAGGACCUACGAAAUCAUACGCCGGCGCAGAGGCGUACUACUGA